UCAACAAUUAUUUGAAUAGUUUUCCUUCACACUUCAAGUCCAAAUUCGAUACAGGUCUCUUCAACCUUUCAAUUCAAAAAAUAAAAAAUCCAACAAAGCAUUGUUUUCGGCCACUCAAUCUCCCUCUUCUAAAACCUUCAUCUCUCUCACUGAUCACACAAAACCGCACACACUCUCCAAUCUCCCUCCGAGACUGCUCGGAAUCAUCGAGUAGUUUCAUCUCCGAAACCGAUGAACUCAACCGUCGAACUCUGAUUCUUCAAUCAUGUGGAGUUCUUUCUGGCGAUCCAGAGAUCGUUUCUCACUUGAUCAACUCAGUUACUUAACUGAUCAAUUGACGAAAAUUCAAGUUGUUACAGAUGAUAAUAAGGAUUUUGUUAUUGAGGCUCUGAGAUCGAUUGCCGAGUUGAUGACGUAUGGCGAUCAGCAUGACUCGAGCUAUUUUGAAUUCUUCAUGGAAAAACAAGUCAUGAGCGAGUUUGUUCGGAUUCUUAAAAUUAGCAAGAUUGUUAGUGUUCCUCUUCAGUUGUUGCAAACAGUUAGCAUUUUGGUCCAGAACUUAAGGAAUGAACAUGCUAUAUACUACUUGUUUAGUAAUGAACAUAUAAACUACUUGAUAACCUACUCGUUCGACUUUCAAAAUGAAGAGCUGUUAUCUUACUACAUAUCCUUUUUAAGGGCAAUAAGUGGAAAGUUGAACAGGAAUACGGUUUCGCUGCUUGUGAAGAUGAACGGUGACAAAGUAGUUUCAUUUCCCCUGUAUGUUGAGGCCAUACGCUUUGCCUUUAAUGAGGAGAACAUGGUCCGCACUGCAGUACGAGCUGUGACACUUAAUGUUUAUCACGUUGGAGAUGACUCUGUAAAUAGAUACAUAUCCAGCCCACCUCACACAGAUUAUUUCUCAAACCUGAUAUCAUUUUUUAGGAAGCAGAGCAUGGAUUUAAAUAAAUUGGUUUCUCAUACACUGAUAAAUCCAGGCCCGGAUUCAACCUCUACAAUUACUGUUGCUAUAGAUGAAAUUGAGGACAACCUAUACUACUUCAGUGAUAUUGUCUCUGCUGGAAUUCCCGAUGUUGGUAGGCUAAUUACUGACAGUAUUCUGAUGGUUUUGAUAUUUCCAUUACUUCUUCCUUCUCGGAAGAUGUCAAUUGAUAAUGACAUGCAAAGUAGUUUUGUCACUUCUAUCUACUUACUUUGUCGCAUCUUGAGGAUAAUCAAAAUUAAAGAUUUGGCUAAUACCAUAGCUGCUGCUCUUUUUUAUCCCUCAGAAGCCUUUACAAAAAGUUCUGGGGGUAAACUCAAUAGCCAUAUAUCUGGUAAUGGUUUCCCAUCUGAAUGCCAAGUCUCAAAUAAUGUUAAUCUUAGCAAGUCUGAUAUAAGAUACUCAAUGUUUAAUGUUCCACACUUUUCUAGCUCUUCAGGUUUUCAUCCCGACGGUGUUCGCAUGCAAAAUGGUUGUAGCAGUCCAAAUUUGUCUUUAAGGGAUGUUUUGCUUGCAUAUGUAGUAAAAGGAGAUGAUAUACAAGUAUUGGGUUCUUUGACUGUGCUAGCAACCCUACUGCAAACUAAAGAACUUGAUGAAUCAAUGCUAGACGAGCUUGGAAUUCUUCCACAACGCAAACAACACAAGAAGCUUUUAUUGCAAGCUUUAGUUGGCGAGAGUUCAGGUGAAGAGGAACUUUUUUCUUCUAGAAGUAGUUUGACAAAGGAUAGCACUGGUAGUGAUAUUGCUGUGUAUCACAAAAAGAUCAAGGAUCAGUAUGGAAUAUCUUUUCAGUCUUCUGAUGUUGGAAUUAGUCCUCAUACAAAUAGAUUUCAGGUGAUUGAUGCAUUGGUGAGCCUUUUUUGCCGCUCUAAUAUAUCUGCAGAGACACUAUGGGACGGUGGUUGGCUUUUGCGUCAGUUGCUUCCUUACAGUGAAUCAGAAUUCAACAGCCAUCACCAUGAAGUUUUGAAAGUUUCAUACAAGACCUGUGCUUCUGCUCUUGUAGAGGAGGCUAAAGGCAUCUGGACCGACUUACUUAUUUCUGUUCUAUGUGAGGAAUGGCGGAAGUGCAAAAGAGCAAUGGAAUCAUCGUCUCCUCCGAAAGGACCAAACUCUAUGCUUUUGCAGCCACAUCCACAUAAAUUUUCUUUACAGGAUAACACUCCAAAGGGAUCAUCAUUUUCUGCUGGAGAAAGAAUGCAGGAACUGGUGAAGGUAUUUGUAGUACUGCACCAACUUCAGUUAUUCACUCUUGGGAGAGCUUUACCUGAGCAACCACCAAUUCACCCUCCCGGUGAUCUUCCCGCAAAUUGUCGUGCCAAGACUUCUGGGCUUGAUGUAUCAGGCCCAAAGGCAGGCACUGACAUCAGCCUUGUUAAUGCCGUGCCUUGUAGAAUUGCUUUCAAGAGUGGCAAAGAACACCAUCUUUGCUUUCAAGCAACCUCUUUAGGAAUAUCUGGCUGGCUUGUUCUUGCAGAAGAAUUGCCAUCACAGAAGUCCCGUGGAAUCGUUCGGGUUGUUGCACCUUUGGCUGGGUGCAAUCCCAGGGUUGAUGAUACACAUUCAUCAUGGUUACACUUGCGGAUCCGGUCAUCCUCUUUACCCUUUCAAGAUCCUGCCAAAUCGAAUGAUUAUGAGAGAAUGAAAACAAAAAAUUUGGUUGAUGGAAGAUGGACAUUGGCGUUCAGGGAUGAGGAGUCUUGCAAAUCUGCUUUAGGGAUGAUCGUUGAAGAGAUCAAUUUUGUGAGUGAUGAGGUUCAUAGAAGGCUUAAACCUUUGCUCAACCUUGAAACUGCAAUAGAUUUAUCAAACUCACAUUUAUGUGUUCCUGAGGAUUCCUCUAACAGAAUACUUCCCAAAUCAUUGUAAGAUAUUCGGCUUGGUUAGUUACUGGUUAGUGUCGCCACCCUUUUGUAUAUAUCACAAAAUGCAUAACCAGAUUUUAGAUUAGAAACUAUGUUGUGUAUCGUGUGCGCCCAUUGUUUUUGUAUACCAGCCUUUCCUUGAUCUGUAAUUUCACCCCUUCCUCUAUCAAGUAAGUUUUGGAACAAAUGUAAAUAUGAGGCAACCUCCUAAGGAAAGUUCUUUCUCCCAUUUUUAGUGUCUUCUUGUUUUGAAUGGUCUCUAUAUUGUAUAAAUAUAUUGUAUAAAUAUGUGUUAACUCUAUAUAGAAGAGUGCAAGUAUAA